AUGGCUCAGGAUGCUGAUGGAAGGAGUCAGGUGUCGCUGGCUGAAAUCGUCCGGGUGGCAGCAGGCGAUGACCUACCGCGAGGCCAGUCGACAUAUCCAGAUUCCCUAGCGAGGUCGGAGCCGCUGAGCCGGCGCCUCGCGGCGGCCUCCAUUUUGCUCGCGAAAGGCAACGCAGAAGAACUUGGCCUUACUAAUGCCUGGCUGCGCUUCUUCAUUGACUUGGAACAGACAUUGCAAGGGGUGCUGUCUCCCAAUCGCGGGCUCUUUGACCGCCUGCCGUUGCAGGUGAGGUCACAAGCAGUUCGCGCCCACUGCAAGGCAUUGCUGGCGAACGCUUCUUGCCUGGGCUCGUCUUGCUCCAUAGGAGUUUCCGGAACCAUGGCGCGUCGUAUUCCGCUGGAUGCGGCCCUGACGAAGUUCAAUGCGGUGCAGAAGCGCUUGGAGGGCGUCGCAGACCUGGUGGGCUUUGAGCAAGCCUUCGGUCAAUGCCCCACCGGCCUGCAGGCCAUGUUCACGGUAUCCUGGUAUACCAAGACUCAAGCAGGACGCCGCUUCAAGCAGCCAGUUGAAGGCCGACUGCCGGCGGAGGAGCUCAAAGUGCUGGUCCAGGGCAGAACCGACAGGCUGUUCCUGAGUCGGGAGAUGGUGCUCAGCUUGCUGGCGCACAUGUUCCUUUGCACGUUGACCGUAGUGGACGACAACAUGCCCCACGUGGGCUUCGAUUGUUUGCUCUUUCCCCGCCGACCAGCUCGUCAGGAGGUCGCAAAGCUGCGGAUGUUUGUCCACUACUUCGAGCGCUGCAGGCAGGAAAUGCCCAAGGGCGAGCUGCGCAUCUACCGACAAGCGCGGGAGGGACGGCAGAACUGGAAGGACUCCACCCGGCCACUGCUGGCCAUGGACUGUGCUCCUCCCAUGACCGGCUUCGAGGACCCGUCAGGCAACGGCUGCCUCCACGCAGACUUCGCCAACAAGUUCCUGGGGGGCGGAGUCCUGGUGGGGGGAUGUGUGCAGGAGGAGAUCCGCUUCUCCAUUUGCCCGGAGCUGUGCGCGGCCAUGGUUGUAUGCCCCUACAUGCUGGACAAUGAAGCCAUCACCAUCAUCGGGGGAGAGCAGUUCUGUAGCUACAAGGGCUACGGCCGAUCCCUGGAGUUUGACGCCAACUACCGGGACCCCUCCCCCAAGGAUGCCGAUGGUACCGUCCUAGUGGCGAUCACUGCCAUGGACGCCUUGGAUUUCAGGCACCAGGACUCCAGCGUGUCGAGGCAGCUGCAGGAGCCUUUGCUUCUGAGAGAGCUUGAGAAAGCGGCAGCGGCCUUUGCCCCCGUGGACGAGGCGGCAUUGGCGCAAUGGCCGGUCAUCGCCACGGGCAACUGGGGCUGCGGUGCAUUUGAAGGCUGCCUGCAGCUGAAGGCUUUGCUGCAGUGGAUUGCCGCCAGUGAGGGUCGCAGGAAGCUCUUAUACUUCCCCUUCGACGAGAACAUCGGCCCGGACUUGUCUCGGCUUUCCCAAGACCUCUGUGCAGCAGGCAUCACAGCAGGCCAGCUUUUUGCGGCGCUCACCACCCCACCGCUGCCCAGGUCUCCUGGCGAAAUCUUCGAGCACGUCCGGGACAACCUUGCGGUGCGAUCACCGCCUGACCCCCGUGAGUGA